GUGGUCACACCCAAUGGGAAGUUCGAGAGCGCACCGUUAGUAGUGAACUGGAGCGCACGCAGCACCAGAUUUCAGCUUGAACCUACAUCGUUUACUACUCCCGUUAGUCGUUCAAUUUAGUAGCCUAAUCCAAGAUGUCUCACGUAGUUACCACCACCACUACUACCACAUCGUCCGGUGGAGGUUUCGCAAAUGUGGGUUACACGCGUACUAUACAAGGACAGCUGAAAAUCGCUCAAGUGGUCACUCUCCUAAUUGCCUUCCUGUGUGUUCACUUGUCAAAGUACUGGACUGACUCCACAGCUCUGCGUUACUUUGAGGUGGUCACUCUUUUUUUCCUCAUCGCCUUCCUCAUCUUCUUCAUCAUGCACCUGCUGAGACUGCAGAGCAAAAUCCCCUGUAUCAACUGGACCCUGACGGAGUUCCUACAUUAUGUGCUCGGGACCAUCCUUAUCCUCAUUGGCUCCAUAGUCGUGGCAGUGAAGAAUGGUGGCAUCGCCGCCCUAAUAGCUGGCUCAGUCUUUGGCUUCAUUGCUUCUUUUCUGCUGGCCUAUAGUAUGUGGACAUCCUACAAAGUCACUUGGGGAUCCCAACCAACCAGUGCAGCAGUGUAAAAAAGACAAACCUACAAAAACUGAGAUUGGUCCAGUUGUUGGUUGUAAAAUGAAAGCACUUCUACUGUGUUAAGAGCCUGAAAGUGUUUGCAGAGCAAGCUUUGCCAAAACCUUUGGCCAUUUUAUCUGCCUUUGUCAUGGCUAUAUUUAUCCGUGUUUCGAGUCAUGCCGCAGUUUACAAUAUUUAUUUGACCCUUUUUCUUCUGAAGAGUUACUAUAGUGCCUUGCGUAUAUGAAAUAAAAAAAAAAAAAUCUGCUCCCACCUUAUGGUAAUGUGCCAUCUAUUUGUAAACUAAUAGUAGACAAAAACAUAUUGUCUCUAGAGCAAAAUACAAUACAUUUAAUAUUUGUAUUGUUUUCUAUAUGGUUAAGUACUAUGUACUGCAUAUACUGAAUGACCUUUGACCUUAAACAACACCGGUGCUAGUUACAAGGGCACAAUAUUCAUAGAGUGGGACCAGGUUCUUGACUGAAUAUGAGCAGUUGCUUUAAAAAUGCUUUCAGCGGUUAAUUGGCUCUAACAGGGGGUCAAGCGCAGCCAUAUUUUUUAUACAAAUUUAACCGACUAUUAUGAUUGUGUAUGCUUUGUGUUGGUCCAGACUCGGACAUGCAGCUGUUUGCCAUUCAAAUGAAGUCACCAGUUUCAUAUAA